AUGGUGCACCAUCGUGUUCUACAGCUGGUCACACACGUUGUGAAGACCUCGAACAUGGACAAUGCCGAGCAGCAAGUAGGUGUUUUGACCUCGUUUUUUUCUGUUUUUAGGUAACAAAAAGUGGGGAGAGCGAGAUGUAGGAUGUUUUUCUGAAUUUGGAUGCUAAAAUACAUCUUUUUCUCAAUUUUUGGGCACUCUAGGAAAUUUUGAGUCAUGGAUAACAUAACUUUCUUAAAUAUUCUUGCAUUUUCGCCAAAUCAUUGAAGUUAGCUCUUUCUUUACCUUCAAAACUUCCAGGCGAAUGUUCUUCGUCAAUGCCUAUCCAAAGAAGCCGAUGCAUCCAGUUGGUUCGUCACCUUUCUCGUCCACCGCGUCUCCAUUACCGACACACGGGCGAUUGAAGUGAUUGCCCAACUGGUUCAUUACAUAAAUUGCGAAUCCUUAUGGGAGCUCAUAGUCGAAGAGACCGUUUGUCAUGCGAAGCAAAUAAUAAAUGGAUUAAUCAGUCCUCCAGCCGGAGGGCCACAAAGAUCGUUGAGGAAUCUGGGUGUUUUCCUCGGAUUAUUAACGAUCGCCUCCGACCGACCGAUUGUUUUGGACGUUCUGGAUCUGAAACGAAGCCUAAUAGAUGCCAUUGGAGAGGGAGACGAGAAAAUGGCCAGAGUUCUGCCAUUUCUGGUCCAUUCUUUGAAGGCCAGUGCGAGGAGUACAGUAAGUAUAAUUUGACUUGAUUUUUUUCCAAAAAUUUAGAUGCAAAUGUCCAAUUGAAUGACCGCAAUAGAUUGAAUAUUCAAUAAUCUUUCAUAAAACAUCAUUUUCCAGCUCUUCCAUCCCUUUUGCUCAUGGCUAUCGCCCAUUUUUCAUCUCCUGGAACAACUGCGAAAUGAACCCGAACUGAAAAUGGUCUUCAACUUGGAGAUCCAAAGCCUUUUCACCGAGAUCAACGAGAAUUCCGGCCCCUCAUUGCUUGAGGACUCUCCGAAGCCAGCGCCGCAUCGGUCGACUCCUGUGGAGCCCGAGCAUUGCCAGCCUCAUCUUCCCCUUCCCACGCCGGCACAGUCGUUUUCCAACGCUUUCGGCUUUCAUCAUUCGGUUUACUCGAACAUGCAAGCUCAAGAGACUCAAAUGGUCAGUUGCGAAGGCUCAUGGCACGUUAUGAAGUCAAAAAUUAUGAUUAAUAUUACUUUAUAUUACUUUAGUCAUCAACUUUGUACCAGUACUACCCGCAAGACAUGACCAACGACAUCUACAACACUCCCUUCUCCCCCAUGGAGCCCAACGUCCCCGCACAGUUCAAUGUGAACAUGUACAACCCCUCUCCGCAGCCCUCGCAAGUGCAGCUGCCACCGGCAAGAAAUAUGUUCACCCGAAUGCACCAAGCCCAUUCAUCGCCUGCCCUUGAGCAAUUCAGCGGCCAAGAGAACUCUUUUGUCAACAAUCCGUCCUACGGAAUGAUAACUCCGUCCCAGAAGCCGGGUAGGGAGGUUUGGAGUUCAGAGAGUCUAGUGUAAUAUAAUUUAUGUCGUAAUUUUGAACCGAUAUGAAAGAUUACGUCAUGAAAUUGAUUUUUGAGCUUUUGAGGAAUGAUUUAUCUGACAAGGAUUGUUUUAGGGCCGGUCCCCUUCUCGAAGGAUCAGAAAUUCCUCUGGGAGAUGGUGCACCGCCUAAACUUUGAGUUCUCCCAGGUAUUCAAGGUGCUGGAGAAGGCGAGGAGCUUCGUAAUCCAAGGAAUGCAACCUCUAAUCCAAAAGGCCGAAGGUAGGCGCUUCGAUUUUCCCUUAUUUGAUGUUAUGUCGGGCGCAGGCUGCGCAAAUUUCUGCAGCCUGCACGGCGACUAGACUGGAACAAUUUGAAGUUUCUGAUGAUUAAUGAAUUUUUCCAGAGCUAGUAGAGCAAAUCCUGAGCCGUGUGGCGGACUCGGUGAGGCAGAGUGCCAUCACGAUCCUCUACCGCGACAUGGUCCUAGUGGAAGAUCAGGUCUUGCUCUCAGUGUCGUUCCGAUCCACCUUUCGAGUACUGAUGUACGCCAUGUAUGAGCCAAGAAGCGCCAUCGAGGUGCUACAUGAGAAGUACAUGGACGCAAUCCGAAGUGCCAUCGAAAAAGCGACGAAACAAUCGUCCGUCACGUGGAGGCUGGCGGUAACAAAGGCCGACAUGGAUCAUGUUGUCAAGGAGUUUGUGUCGGUAGGUUGUGGGAUGCAAACAGCAUUAUGUUAAGCGUGUUGUGGCAGGAGAUUGUGAAUUUUGGGAUUUAUUAAGGCCUAGGAUUUUGCUUAUGUUAUCCAUGACCCUUCAGACCAACAGCUUUGUAAUUGUGGAGCUGAUCAGCCGAAUCAUCGAACGAAAAGCGGCUGCGAUGGCGGAUUUUGAGUUUGAGCGACUCAUGGAUGAGCGGUCGAUAACGCUGAGGACGAAUGCACCUCGGCCCGAGAUGGCCAAAUUUAUCGGACAACCCCAUUCAAUGCAUGUCCUAAAUGCAUCGUUACCGCAUAAACUCAGACGGCAUGCCAUCCUGGAAGCCAAGGAACACUUGAUCCUCGAGAGUUUCGACUCCAUGUCCAAUGAACUGCAGUCCCAUCUGCACACCUUGUUCACCAUGAUCCCAAUUCAGCAAGAGGAAGAGCGAUGGCUGAGAGAAGUCCCGCCGGUCGUGCCGCGGAAUCGCAGAGAUGAUUCGGCACCCAAUUUCAGGACGUCUUCACCGGAUUCGACCAUGUCCUCGGAGUUUAGACAUAGGUGGGUUUAAAGGAAGGUGCACGUCAAUCCAGCGCAUUUCCUGAACCGCUUCGAAACUUCGUACCGUUUUCAUUGGUUUAAAAGAGAGACGAAAUGUCGGGAAAUUAUCGGCACUUUUUCUCGCCCGAAAUAAUUGUUUUUUUCUCGAAAAGGAAGAAGAAAGAUAAAAAAAUGCGUUUUGUCGGAUAGUGACAUUUCGUUUUGAACGAAUCACCAAAAAGGGGCGGGAAAUUUUUUCUUCUAUUUUGGAUUGACGGGAGGUGUAUGUAAAAAAGAAUGGAGAAGGAGAGUAUGAGGUGGUUAAAGGGCAGAUUUUGUUGGAAGUAGUCCCAUCGUUACCCUGGAGGCUUAUUAUUUCACCGUUUUGUGGGUUGCGUAAUGAUUUGUGGCUCGGGAGUUACAAUGUUAGAAAUCUUUAUGUCCAGAAAAUGUGUCACGAUAACACCUAGUUAAAAUGUGCCAGUGGUAUGAAUAAUGGCUGUAUAUGGCUAGAACUACUCCCUAGAAUACUCAGAAAAAAAUUAAGUAGAGUAAUUUUUGUAAUGCGCUGUUUGGAUGACGGAUUUUUUAGAUUUUUUGCACGACGAGAAGCUUUUGUGCCUAAAAAUUUUUGUUGCGCUCUAGCUAGUAGUUCUAGCCAUAUACAGCCAUUAUUUAUACCACUGGCACAUUUUGAAUAGGUGUUAUCGUGACACAUUUUCUGGACACAAAGAUUUGCAAGCCCCGAUCAUUAAGAGCCAUAAAUCAUUACCCAUCCCACAAAAUACAGGGUCUUUCAAGAAACGUGAAGGAAAGUAGGAGGCUAUAACUUUCGGCGGAGGCGGCGCAGAGAGCUUGUUUUUGGAAUAUGUAUUUUUAAGCAACAUUAUUUUUUGCCUACGAAAUAGCAAGCUUUUAGAGUGCAAACUGAGGUCGCUAUGACCUUCUGAAGUAGAGGCAUCUCUACCCCGAAAACCAGGUUUUUCCGGUUGAAAAUGAUCGAGAAAUUUCGGUCUUUUUCGGUUGAAAAUCACCAAGAAAUGUCGGAUUUUUUCGGGGGUUUCGAUAGAGUUGACGUUGAAAAAAGGGAAGGAUGUUGCCAACACGUUGGAAAUUAAGCAAAUAUUCGGCUAGCCUCAACUUGGGGCAGAUUUCGAGUCUAUUUUUCAGUAUCUUCCGCGAAGAAGCGUGACAUCAUUUAGGGAUUUGAGUAACCUGAAAUCGGCUAGCCAAGGCACCAGAAUGGCUGUGAAGUCUUAUAAAAACUAGUCAAAAGGGUGUAAUGGAUGUCAUAGGGCAGGAAUGACAACCAAACUUUUAAACUGCUAUCAAAAAUUGGCUAGCCAAAGUGUCAGAAUAAAGGGUAGCCCAAUAUUUGCUUAAUUUCCAACGUGUUGGCAACAUGCUUCCCUUUUUUCAACGUCAACUCUAUCGAAACCCCCGAAAAAAUCCGACAUUUCGUGGUGAUUUUCAACCGAAAAAGACCGAAAUUUCACGAUCAUUUUCAACCGAAAAAACCUGGUUUUCGGGGUAGAGAUGCCUCUACUUCAGAAGGUCGUAGCGACCUCAGUUUGCACUCUAAAAGCUUGCUAUUUCGUAGGCAAAAAAUAAUGUUGAUUAAAAAUACAUAUUUCAAAAACGAGCUCUCUGCGGCGCCUCCGCCGAAAGUUAUAGCCUCCUACUUUCCUUCACGUUUCUUGAAAGACCCUGUAGUGAAAUAAUAAGCCUUCAGGUUAACUAUGGGACUGUUUCCAACAUCGGGACACAUUUCUGGACUCACAAAGAAGUCCAGAGCCAUGAAGUCGCGGACAGGUUCCAGUGGCAAAAGGCGUGCCAUUUUGCAUCCGGGAAGUAUUAAAAACGCGGCAAAAUACUUCCAUCUCCAAGUGAAAAAACGACGCCUUUAUUGACGCGAGUUUUUUUCACUUGGAGAUGGAGAUAUUUUGUUGCGUUUUUAAUAUUUCCCGGAUGCAAAAUGAUACGUUUUUUUGCCAUUGGAUCAGGGACGCCACUGUACGUUAUCGCGAGUUUUUGGGCCGCGAAUUUGGGCAGUGCAAAUUUCAGUCUAAGAGGGGCAUACCUCAAGUGCGACGCUUAGAUUUUGAUGACAAAAAAAGAAGAUUUGACCGAAAAUUUAUGUUACCCAUUGCAGCUCCCCACUCUGCCACGGAGCCGCCCUCCUCUCAUCGCCGCUGGAAAGCCGGAUACCCGGCCUUCUCUCGCCGUGCACGUUGAGCCCUCGCGGCAAAACCCCGACGCCGGCCGAGCUCUCGUUCGAGGAUUUGAUUGAGAAAUUGUUUCGGGAAUGGUGCUUGUCCCUGAAAAACGGGUGUGACGAGAGUUCGGAGGACCAUAAAAGAGUCAUCGAUGAACUGUACGAGCUGGGCGUAACAGUAGACGAAGCCAAAAUUAGCCGGUUUUUGUAUGUGGGAGUGCAGAUUUGCCUGGAAACGGCGAAUUGUCUGGAACGGCAGGUAAUUUAUAUUGUUGUAGAUGGGUGGGAUUUUGAUUAAAAAAAUUUUUUUGUUUGACUUUUUUCAGGAGUUCACGGACAUUGUGGAGUCCUCGAGGCAGGUGUAUAAUUAUGUGACCGCCUUCGUCGCGAUGAUCGACUGUGUCGCGGAGAAGGAGCAAAAAGAAAACGAGAAGCGAAUGGACUUUAUUCAAAAAGUUAGCGGCGCCAUGGUCAAGCUGGUGUCGGAUAAUUUUUGCGACGACAAUGCUGAUGGAUUGGGAACCCUUCAAAGAGCGGUAUUUUAUUAUAUCCUAAAGCGCUUGACCGCCAAUCAGCUGAGGGAAGGAACGGAGAGUGUUGUACCGUAUUUGGAGUUUUUGUGGUAAGCAGAGGCUUUUUUGAAGGAGUUUGUGGCAUGAAAUUGUAGAUUGAGACGUAUAUUCUUGUUUAGUGAGAUUUUGAAUCAAAAAAUUUUGAUUGGAGAUGAUUUUUGAGCAAAAUUUUGAAAAUUUUGCCUAGUGUAAUAUAAAUUUUUUUGGAAAUGUCAUUUGUUGAGCAUGAAACCUUGUUUCUAGUGCGAUUUCAGAGCCAAAUAGUUUGAUUGGAGAUGAUUUUUUGGCAAAAAUUUCGAAAGUUUUGUCUACUGUAAUAUAAAUUUUUUUUGGAAAUGUCAUUCGUUGAGCAUGAAACCUUGUUUCUAGUGCGAUUUCAGAACCAAAAAUUUUGAUUGGAGAUGAUUUUUGAGCAAAAUUUUGAAAAUUUUGCCUAGUGUAAUAUAUUUUUUUUUGGAAAUGUCAUUCCUUGAGCAUGAAAACUUGUUUUUGGUGCGAUUUGAGAGCCAAAUAGUUUGAUUGGAGAUGAUUUUUGAUCAAAAAAAUGUUUGAUUUGAGAUGAUUUUUGAACAAAAUUUUGAAAAUUUUGUCUAGUGCAAUAUAAUUUUUUUGACAAUCUUGUACUUUCCAACGAAUUUCAUUUCCAGCCACGCCUUCCAGAAGCUGAAUCCACUCAUCUUGCCGGCCUUCACGCAGUCCUACGUCCUCCUGAUUGUGCAGCCCAUCUUUUUGAGCACCCUGUUCAACGCGGAACUGGUCCCGGAACAGACGGCCUCCUCUCUGUUCAUGAUCCUCCAUUCCCCGAUCCUCACACUCCUGAGACAACAGCUCCAAGCCGAGGAAGUGCUGAGCGACAAGUUGUCGUUGAGCCUGUACGCGGCGAACUCCCAUCUCAUCAAGUUGCUGUACACGUAUUACCCGGCGGUCCUGCAAAAUUUCCAUUUCACGUACGUGGAAAUGCUGCCCAGAAUGUGCCUACAUCUGAGGAAUUAUGUACUGGAUGCGGCGGUGGAAUCGACCUGGACGGUUUACGAGCCGGACAGGAGCUUUGAAGAGGUAAAGUAAGGUGAAGGAUGGGCAAAUUUUGGGUCUGGAUGAUAGUUUUGGACUUUAAAAAUGUUUUUUGUGGGAUUUUUGAGAUUUUUUUUGGUAAUAGCAGAUGUUUUGGAUAGUUUUUUGGGGAGAUUUUUUAUAUUGUUUUAGAUGGGGUUGAGAUUUUUUUUUGUUUUUUCGAUUUUUGGGCAUGGAUUAGGUGAAUUUUGAUGGAAUUUUGCCUUUAAAAUAUUUUUUGUGGGUUUUUUGAGGCUUGGCAUGGCUAUAACAGAUGUUUUGGACCAUUUUUUUGAGGAUAUUUGAUAUUUAGAUGGACUUGGUGAUUUUUUUUGUUUUUGCGAUGUUUUGGUAUGAAUUAGAUAAUUUUUGAUGGAAUUUUGUUUGUAAAAUAUUUUUUUGUGGAAUUUUUGAGAGUUUUGGACCAUUUUUUUAGGAGAUUUGAUAUUGUUUUAGAUGGGUUUGGUGUUUUGUUUUAUUUUUUGAAAUUUUUUUCGUCAUGAAUAAGACGAAUGUUGAUGAAGCUUUGUUUUUAGUACUGCCAGACCCCACAAAUGAACACGCACCCGUCGGUGCACGCGGACCUCGCGAACAUCAUCUCGUCGGACCUUCGGGAAGUCGUAGAUGCCUACCUUCAAAACCGCUCCUCAAUCGACCCCCUACAUAACAUCUGCGCCUUCCUGAAGCAGCCGGAUGAAGAAGGAGUCCCACAGUACAACUUCACCUUGAUCAAUGGGAUGGUUUUGUAUCUGGGAGUGAAGGCGAUCAAUGAAUUGAGGGGAAGCAAUCAAAAGAUUACUGUUUUUAACGCGCAAAACACCGCUGAGGCCAAUGUUUUUACGUAUUUGAUGGUGUCGUUGUGCAAUGAGGGUAAGGAGAGGGUGUUGAGCGGAAUUUGGAGGAAAUUUUUGGUAGAAAUUUACAGUGACGGACCUGAUCCAGUGGCGAAAAACGUCCCAUUUUGCAUCCGGGAAGUUUUAAAAAUGUGGCAAAAUGCUUCCCUCUCCAAGUGAAAAAACUUCGUUUUGAAGGGCGCGCUUUUGAAAUUGGAGUUUUUUCACUUGGAAAGGGAGGCAUUUUGCCACAUUUUUAAUGCUUCCCGGAUGCAAAAUGGGCCGUUUUUUGCCACUGGAUCAGGUCUGUGUAUUGUACUAGGUCCGAUCAAGUAUAAUGUCGUUUUUUAUUGAUUUUUUAGGAUGUUUCCGACUGUUCACUUCGAUUACGGACCAACUGAGAAACGCCAGCACGCAUACCGCCUUCUACGCCUCCAUGUUGCUCCAUCUGUUCCACACGGCCCAUUCGAAUCAUGUCCGAGAGAUCAUCACCAGGAUACUGCUGGAACGCCUGUUGGCCAACCGUCCGCACCCGUUCGGAAUCAAGCUGGUGAUGGCGGAACUGCUCAGGAAUCCGGACUACAAGUUUAUGGAGUUUGAGUUUGUGCAUAGCGCGGAGGUGGUGGAAAGGUAAGCGCUUUGGCCUAAAGUACAGUGAGGGACCUAAGCCAAUGGCAAAAAACGUCUCAUUUUGCAUCCCGGAUGGGACCAAAAUGUCUCCAAACCCUUCCCUUCUCUAAGCUAAAAAACCCCGCUUUGAAGAGCCCGCCUUGAAGGAAAGGGCGCGCUUUUCAAAGCGGAGAUUUUUAGUUUAGAGAAGGGAAUGGUUUGGAGACAUUUUGGUCCCUUCCGGGAUGAAAAAUGGGACGUUUUUUGCCAUUGGAUCCGGUCCCUCACAGUAAUAUAAAUUGACCUAAAGUAAUGUAAAUUUUGGGGUUUAGGAUGGUGAUCUCGAUCUCCAAGUACCUGGGAGUGGAGAUAAACGAAGAACGGAGCAGAUUCUUCAAGUAUCACAACCCCCGAGCAGCGAGGAAGGAGCCCCAAAAACGCCAGUCGGACUCGAACAACAACAAACAAGCCAAGCGCUCCUAUGUCCGCGCCGCCACCCCCAUGAGGUGA